GUGCCUGGCCGCAUGCGCUGUAAGAGGUCGGGGACUGUGGGGGGGCGAGCAGGGAGUGUCUCACUUUGUCCGGGCUCGGGACGAGACGAAGGGAAAACAGAAAGGGGACAGUCUGAGCCCCUGCCAUGGCAGCUGGUGUGUGCGGGGGGCCCUCAAUCCGAACCGGAGCCCCCCUACUGACCUGGGGCCUCCUCCUCCUGCUGCUUUACUGUCCCGCACACCUCGCAACCACAGAAGGGGACUCUAAAGCGGAGGCCUGGUUGCGGCUCUAUGGGUACCUUCCUCAGGGCAGCCGGCAGAUGUCCACCCUCCGCUCUGCGCAGAUCCUGGCCUCGGCCGUCUCCGAGAUGCAGGCGUUCUACGGGAUCCCGGUGACCGGGGAACUCGACCAAACCACCAAAGAGUGGAUGCAGCGGCCUCGCUGCGGUGUUCCGGAUCAGUUUGGGACUCGUGGCAAAUCAAAUAUGCGAAUGAAGCGUUACGCGCACACAGGACGCAAGUGGAGCCACAAGAAGCUCACGUUUAGCAUCAAGAACUACUCUCAUAAGGUGGGAGCCGACAGUUCCUUCCAAGCCAUCCGCAGGGCCUUCGCGGUGUGGGCUGGCGUGACCCCGCUGACCUUUCAGGAAGUGCCGUACGAACCCGGGCUACCGCGCCAGACCGCCGCGGACAUCCUCAUCCUCUUUGCCUCCGGUUUCCAUGAGGAUAGCUCCCCCUUUGACGGCCCUGGUGGUUUCCUGGCACAUGCCUAUUUUCCAGGACCAGGCAUGGGGGGAGACGCUCAUUUCGACUCGGACGAGCCGUGGACUGUUGACAACGCGGAUCUCUCAGGGAACCACCUGUUCCUGGUGGCUGUUCACGAGCUGGGCCACUCGCUGGGAUUAGAGCAUUCCAACAACCCAACGGCCAUCAUGGCUCCUUUCUACCAGUGGAUGGACACGGAAGAAUUCCAGCUGCCUGAUGAUGAUAGGCGUGGGAUACAGCAACUUUAUGGACUUCCUGAGGAUCAGGUUCCCCUCACCCCAUCUAUCAUCCCACCCACUGAGAAUCCUGACAAGAGGCCCCCAAGACCACCUCCUAGGGGCAAGCCGGAGCAGCCCGGGGCAGCCCCCCCACCCCGCAGCCCAUCCAGGCCCGAUCAGUACGGGCCAAACAUCUGCGAAGGCAACUUUGAUGCAGUCAGCGUGCUGCGAGGAGAGAUGUUUGUGUUCAAGGGAGGCUGGUUUUGGAGGGUCCGCCAUAACCGAGUUCUCGACAACUACCCAAUGCCGAUUGGCCACUUCUGGCGGGGUCUUCCAGCAAAUAUAACAGCCGCUUACGAGAGGCACGAUGGGAAGUUCGUCUUCUUCAAAGGAGAGAAGUUCUGGCUGUUUCGAGAGGCAAAUCUGGAAAGCGGGUACCCUCAGCCCCUCGGCAGCUUCGGAUACGGGAUUCCCUACGACCGAGUCGACGCGGCCAUCUGGUGGGAGCCCAUGGGCCACACUUACUUAUUCCGUGGAGACAAAUACUGGCGUUUUAAUGAAGAGACCCGUUCAGCAGAUGAGGGUUACCCCAAACCUAUCAGUGUCUGGGCCGGGAUUCCAGACACCCCAAAAGGCGCCUUCCUGAGUGCCGACGCGUCCUACACCUACUUCUAUAAAGGCGCCAGCUACUGGAAGUACGAUAAUCGGCGGCUGAAGACGGAGCCGGGAUACCCCAAGUCUAUUCUGCAGGACUUCAUGGGCUGCAAGGAGGACGUGUUGAAAGAGCCGGACGCGGCCCCCCGCUGGCCGGAUGCAGACCUUCCACCAUUUAACCCUGACGUGGAGUCAGAUGACAAGCAUGACAAGGACGGGGAUGGUGGCGUGACGGUCCUCGUCAGUGAGUACACGUGGGCUGUCAGUGUUGCCAUGGUUAUGGUGCCACUUCUCCUACUUGUGUGUGUUUUGGGACUGAUUUAUGUCAUUAUUCAGCUGCACAGGAAAGGACCGUCUAAAGCCUUACGAUACUGCAAGCGCUCCCUCCAGGAGUGGGUCUGAACGUGCGCGGCGCCCUCUGUCUCCAGCUUAUCGUUCUUUUUUUUUGUGGUGCUGAUGCGGGGAGGUCGGGGCAGGAGGGGUUUGUGUCCUUCUCCUUCUUUCCAUUCCAUCCUUUGCAUUGGAGGUGGGCACGGGACUUCAUGUCUGUCAGGGAGACGUUUAUACCCCCCCCCGAGUAUUGCGGGGGGGGGUAUAAAUUAGGGUGCCCCCCACCUGGAAGUGCAGCUAACCUGCGUGUAGCAAUUGCCCGAUUCCUUUUGGUUUUACACUGUGAUUUUAAGGGUACAUUUCCUAGAAACAUUAUGCGUUAGAAAAGCCCGCCGGGCCGUGACUGCCGGGGGCCGCCUGCCCGCUGCCCGUUACCAGUGAUUGUUCCUCAAGCCGCGAGGCCGUGAGAUAUUUAUGCCACUCGUUUUGCACUGGAGAGAAAAGUCUCGAUGACGUUAGAUGACAGCCUUUAUUGCGCGUACCGCCGGCUCGCCUGUCCCGGGGAGGAAGAGGGGCCGCUCGCUCUGAGCCUCUGUUCACCCUGCGCAGCCUCGGGGGCCGGGCCGGAGAAGUUGCUCGUACGCAGUUUCCAUACCUGUUGGUUCUCGGGGUCUGUGUCUGAAAUUCUAACACAAAGGGCUAAAGAGUUUUACGGUUUCUGUGUGAUUUCAGUUUAAAAAUCCUCGUUUAUUAAAGUUUUUGGUUUUUUUAA